GCUUCGGCAUGGACGGAAAUGAACGGAAAUGAACGGAAAUGAACGGAGAAUUCCGAAAAGGAUCGUUGGAGCUCCGCCCUCGGACGGAAUUGACUCGGGGAGAGAGAAUGGGUUUCUCCAAGCGGAGAAAAAUUUAAGCACACAGAGAGACAUCACACCGCGCCUGCUGGAGGUAUACAAACACACAUUGUGUUGCAAACGAGAGAUACAUACAACUUUAUACAUUAUCCACACGAGCGAUUCGCCGCCGAGAAGCACAGAAACAGGGGUUAACGACAUAUUAUAUUAGUAAUCAUGGGGACAAGGAUAUUAAAGAUGUGUUGAUGAUGACGACGCCUGCCACAACAAACCCGGUCCCAGUGUUUGGGAAUUGAGACGGAAAUAAAUUAAAAAAGACGUUUGUUUUUUUCCUUGUAAGCAAAGCAAUGUUUUCUUUGACGUUUUGAUUUCGUUUCAUCUGCCGUGAAGUUGGAUUUUUUUUUUUUUUAUUCAGAGGAAUUCGCAAAUUCAAUUUGUUUGUGUGUUUUGUGUGUUUUUUUUAACAUUUUGUAUUGUGCUUUUUGGAUAACAUGGAUGUUGGAAUCGAAAAGGAGUGUAGCGCGUUGGGAGGGCUGUUUCAAACUAUUAUGACUGAUAUGAAGUCCAGUUACCCUGCAUGGGAGGAUUUUGUAUCGAAAGGAGCCAAGCUGCAGUCUCAGUUAAGGACGACGAUUGUAGUCACUGGUUCCUUCCUUGAUGCCUUUCAGAAAGUAGCUGACCUGGCCACUGGCACGAGAGGUGCAACUAAAGAAAUCGGUUCCGCGCUGACCAGGAUGUGUAUGAGGCAUCGCAGCAUCGAGUCUAAGCUCAAACUGUUCACAAGUGCCCUGACGGACAGUUUAAUAAACCCCCUGGAGUUGAAAAUCGAAGAGUGGAAGAAGGUGGCCAGCCAGUUAGACAAGGACCAUGCGAAAGAGUACAAGAAAGCCCGGGCGAACAUCAAGAAGAAAUCCUCGGAUACAAUCAAGCUGCAGAAGAGAGUGAAGAAAGGGAAGGACGAUGCACGAAUGCAGCUGGAAGGCGCUCUGCAGGAUGUCAAUGACAAGUACAUGCUGCUGGAGGAGACGGAGAAGCGGGCCGUGUGCCGGGCGCUCAUCGAGGAGCGAGGGAGAUUCUGCUCCUUCGUCUCCAUGCUCAAACCAGUGCUGGACGAGGAGAUCGGCAUGCUGGGAGAGGUCACCCACCUGCAGACUAUCCUGGAGGACCUGACGACCUUGACCAUGGAGCCCAGCAAACUGCCCCUGGCCAGCGAGCAGGUGAUUCUGGAUCUGAAAGGUUCUGACUACAACUACACCUACCAGACCCCGCCCGCAUCUCCUAGCAACACCAUGUCCCGCAAGGGCAGCAUCAGCAGCACCUACCAGAAUUCCUCAAUCCGGCACGUUCCAUCCUUGGACUCCAUCUCCAGCUCCUUGGAGGGAAUCCACCUGCGGCCCCCCUCCACCAGCAUCCCCGACGGGGGCAGCCAGCGGUCAGCCAGCUCUGUCUCCUCCGAGGCCUCCGAAGCCUGCAGGUCGCUUAGUGAGUGCGGCUCCCCUACCUCACUGGGCUCGGGCUCGGCGGCUGGGCCAGGCUCUGCAGCUCUCUGCAAGGAGCAGCUGUUGAUGAAUAGCCUGCAGCAGAAGCUGGGAUCGUCCUGCCCUGGCAGCGAGAACGGCACUGCCAUGCCCCCCCCGCAGAACGCAUACACACAGGGCAUGGAGCGGCCCCGAGCGAUGACUACCUCCACCUCGUGCAAGCCGCACACGGCCCGUGAGCAGCUGGCCCUGGCUCUUGGGCAGGGUUUGAACUCGGACGCGCCGCGCAGCAGCCGGGACUCCCUGCACUGCUCCAGCGGCUACAGCACCCAGACCACCACGCCGUCCUGCUCCGAGGACACCAUCCCCUCGCACGCCGUAAAGAAAGAGCCUCUUCUUUAUGUUGCAGACUACGACUCCAUCUCCCUGCACGGAGGGGAGGAGCUCCGUGACCAGGUGGAUUUCGACAAGUCCUCCACCAUCCCUCGCCACAGCGACAUCAGCCUCAACUACCGCAAAAUGUUCCAGAGCAAGCGGCCCGCGUCCACCGUCAGCCUGCUGGCCGACCCCGAGCCCAUCGUCCGCUCGCCACACGUGGCCACCAUCCGCCGCAAGCCCUCCAGCAAGCCCACCUUCCGCCGGGGCACCCUCAGUGGAGGCGUGCCCAUCCCCAUCUGCACCCCCCAGGUGCCCAUGAAGGCCCCCCCUCCCGCCGCCUCCUCCUCUGGGACGGGCAAGGACACGCUGGGGGCAGGGCGCAGCGGCAGUGACGAGCUGGUCCACAUGAAGAACAGCUUCUGCACCUCCACGCAGAGCCUGAGCACCAUCUCCUCGCCCUACUACUCCUUCAUCCCCAGCCAGGCACACGGCAGCACGGACCAGCUGUACACCAUGAACAGGCAGCAGCAGUUUCAGUACCAUCAGCAGCAACAGCAGCAGCUUCACUAUCAGCAGCAGCAGCAGCAGCAUGCACUGCUCAGCCAGAACCAGCAGCAGCAGCAGCUUGCACAGCACAGCCAGAACCACCAGCAGCAUGCACAGCACAGCCAGAACCACCAGCAGCAUGUCCCAGCCCGGUGCCCCUCGGAGGCACAGUACCCCAUCGUCACCAACUCCCUGUCCACCGAACCACCACCUCCUCCACCAGCAGCUGUACAGCCGUCCGGCAGUGACAUGCUGAGCAUGAUCCGGCGCGGAGUGCGGCUACGCAAAACACUGACCAACGACAGGUCAGCACCGCAGAUCAACCCCCCCCUCAACCAGGCUAAUUAACGAGCUGGGAAAGUGUGUGUGUGUGUACAGAGAGAGAGAGAAAGAAUGAAGCUUGGCUUUCUUAAUAUUGUUUGGAAGUUUAAAAAAAAGUUCUCUCAUUUUUUUCCUCCUCUUUUAAGAUGGUUUUCACUCGUUUGGUGUACCACCUUUUAACACGUCCUCCUUUUCCAGUGUUUUGUUCACUGUUGACUGCUGGACUGAAUUUGGGAUAGUAAAUAAAUAAGUUAAUAAAUUAAUAAAACAAACAGGAAAAAAUUAAAAAUAAGAUAUAUAUAUAUAUACCGGUGGAUGCUUAAAAGUUGGAGUUGUUUUUGUUUUUUGGUUUAAGGAUAUGUUUUGAAAUGACAAAGACUGAACGAUGCUUGAUUUAAAGUGUACGAUUAUAUGUUUAUAUUGCAAAAAAAAAAAUCUGCCUUGCUUCCUAGCACAGUGUCUUAUUUUAGCAUGCGUCUCGGCUCUCUUAGCAGAUCAGCGCAUCGUUUGUAUACAGCAGCUCAUCACUCGUGUGCUUCAUUGUGUUUCGUUUGCUCGUGCUUGUUUUGUUGUUUUGUUCUUUAUUAAACUAAAUAGCACUGGCAUCUUUUCAUGUUUAAAAAAAAAAAAAAAAAAAAGCUUUUUUGCAGAUCUCCCCAUAUAUAUAUAAAUACAGGUAAUGAGCAAAACAUUUUUAAAAGCUACCCAUUUUAAAGCAGAGCAGGUAGUCUCCUUGACUAGGUAAUGUAAGGAGAGAAGCCCUUGGCAUUCAAUCUGAAGGGCACCCAUCUGAAUAAGUGGAGUCCUCCUGCUGGGCUGUUAAACGUCACUGUGCUGCUGGCUGCCUGUCCCAGCAUCCUCAGGGAGCGUCCCGAACGAGCCUGUACAACUCCACAUGUGCUGAUCAGCACCGCACGCAGAGAGGUUUGUCAGCUGCUGCAGCAGUUCAUUAAGCCCGUGGUGCAUGGGAGAGGGAGUUGCAGGCGAUUUGCUCUCGUUCAAUGAAGAGCUUCAUCGCAUGCAGCAGAUUGCAUAUACUGUCCAGCGUGGCUGCAACAAAAAAAGAAAAAAAACAAUCGCAUAGUUCACUUUCUGAUAGCAAAGAGUUUUUCCCUCGGCAUGCUGUGUGAUGGGUUCAGUGAGAGCUGGCAGUCCGGCUGGACAGACUGUAACAGUGCCUGCCAUGCUUUCACACUGUGUGGUUAACAUGAGAUGCUUCCUAGUGCCUGGCACGAAGCAGUGUGCUGAAAUGUAAGAAUACCUAGAUGUUGCAGUGCGGAGUCCACAUGAACAUUAUACAUGCUGUUUUUUUUUUUUUUUUUACUUUUGCAAAUUUAUUAAGGGGUUUAUUUUCAGUUUUUCACCCAACAGCAUGAACAUUUUUUUUUCUUUUUAAGGUCGUAAAGUUCUAAAUGUAUUAAGUAUCGGGUAUUAAGUACAGCAAUUUUCUGAUUAUUUUGUAAUUAACACUUUGGAGUAAAGAGCUUUGAAAAUGCCCCCCUGUGCCUUUGCGUGUCUCAAUUUGAAGUUUGCUUUACUCCACUUCAUUCCACACAACAUCAUCAGGGCUCACCUAGUUCAGUAAAGGCGGUGGGAGUUUUUCAAACAGCCUUUGUAGUUGCUGCCAAAUAGGAUAUCUCCUAUGAUGCAGGAAAUAAGCUGUGUGCUCAUUUAGUCAUUGAUUGAGCCUUUGUGCCCUCGCUUAUCAGCUGCUUCACCUUUGCAUUGACAGACUGGUAGAACGGCCUGAUAGCAGUGAUUCCCUGAGUUACGGCUUUCGGUGGUAAAGCCGGUGCAGCUGGUGGCUCCUUGCUGAGGAAGCCGAUUUUAACAGAGGGGAGGGUGUGGUUCAUUCAGGAGCUGAAGGAGCAGCAUGUCGUCUUUAUUAUAUUUACUGUAGACCGUAAGACACAGGACUACUCAAAGAACCAGCAGUGAUGUGCUGUGAGAGUGUGCUGACCAGGAACAGGAUUGCAGCAGGGUCACGGUGUGGGGUAACAGGAUUGCAGCAGGGUCAUGAUGGGCAAUGACACAGUGGCUUACUCCAGCAUGCUGUCGGUCCACUGCAGCUGUUGAGCUCCUCAACCAUGUCUCUGUAGAGGCCUGCAGUGUGGCGCCUGGGCAGACAGAUCGGUUCAGGAUCAGGGCACGUAUAGCCGUUUAUGAUCCUUCCUAAUCUGCAUCACCAUGGAGAUUCAGGUGCUGUAUUACCCACGGCUAACUGAUCUACACUGUGAAAGGAAUGCAGAGCCGUUUCCUGUUUCUCCAUUUUUUAUAUGGAAGUAUGGAGAAUUGCUUUGAAGUGUAGUAUAGAAUUGAAACACAUUCCACCUCUUCUAAAUAAGAGCUUUAGAGAACCCUCUCCCCCACUCCACACUCUCGCACGUUGACCUGCAAUGUUAUCUUGCACCUUGUUUAUUGUUAGGCACAAGCACAGGGGCUAAACCUUCAAACCAAUGCAUUUCAGUGUAAACUUUCUGUUUGAAAGGGUUAAAGACUGCAUUGUAAAGUUGCCAGUUAAGAUAGCUGGUUGAAUGUGGACCGAGUGACACACACAGAGGAAAAUAUCCUCUGUGUGUGUCAUAUAUUUGCUUUUUAAUUUAAAAUGGAUACAGCGUGUUUGGAAGCUGGCUCUGAUCGGCAGGAUCUGGGGCUGCACACUUUUUGUCUCUUGCUGUUCUUGGAAAGGAGUAGAGAGAAGCUGGUCAGAUAUCUAGCGUUCAUUAAACAGAGAAGGCGGCGUCUGCGUUUGUAUCGGAUAAAAAGAUAUAUACAGAGAGAGAUAUUUUAUAAUUAAAUUGGGCAAAUCUCUCAGGCAUUUCUUUAGUUUUGUUCUGGAUUUCCUGCAUGCUGAUUUGCAGCUCUCUUCUAGACUAGACUUGUUUUAAUUUAGCUGCAGGAGCUUGAAGCCCAGCUGGACUGGCAGACUUUGCCCCCUCCUUUCUUGUAUAAAGCAGUGUUGAGUGAUGCUUCAGUUCAGGUAUGUCCAGCACAGGUAUCUGUGUUCAGAUUCCAUUGGCUGUACGUGUCUGCUUUAUCAGACACACUCAUAUGCAAUAACCAACCCUUUUAAACAAACAGCAAACCGAACAAUAGUACCGCAGUCCCUCGCCACUUUGUUUUCCACCCCUGUGACUCCUGCCUCUACCUUCUGAAUUCACUCGUGCUCCAGGAGGUAUCGGGCUCACCCAUGAGCAGGGAGCGUGAGGCACAGGCUGGGCUCAGAAAUCCUGCUGGACACGAGGGAGAUUAUCAAAAUUAAUCCUCAGCAAUCCAGAGCUGUCUUUUACCUUUCUAAACCGGGGCGGGGGUGUCUGUGUCUGUCUUGUGUUUUAAAAGCUCAUGAGUGUUGGAGUUCUAUUCUAACAGAGGGACUCUCCGAAUACUGCUCACCUGGGGAGAGAUUGCUGAGUGUGAAUAGCAGCUCUGUACACACCGAAGGUGUUUAACGCACCAGCCCUAUGAGUGGGACUCCGGCUCGCAGAGCCACUGUCCUCGAGCUGGACCUGCAGGGGCUCAUCUGUGUCUUCAAGCUCCUGACCGGAGUGCUCUGGAGAAUCCCAAGAGCACUCCGCUGUUCUGGACAGCCUUUGGUUAAAUCUUCAGUGCUGUCUGGUUCCUGAAAUCAACAAGACAUUCUAAUAAAUAUCAGAGAACGUAGCCCACAUUUCUUUAACUUGAGGGCCACACCCCCCUCUCCACACCAUGAGGGACAUAGUGAUCUAGGAAAGCAUUGAGCACAGAGGCAGGGCAUCAGCAGGUGUGAUCCGAGCUCUGAAAUGUACAGCACUUGAAGCUCUCCUCCAGUUUCAAGGUGGCAGACCCCCUUUUUUUGUAGUGCAAUUAAGUAGAAUUUCUCAAGUUCUAUGUGUUCUGUAAACUGCAGGUACCAAAGUCUUAAAUGAGGUUGCAUUAAACCAAACUUUAGUUUCUUUUUUUUCUUGACAAGGAAAUAAUAAAUACAUAUUAAUAAUAAUACAAAUUAGGAUGGUUCUACCAACUUGCUUAUUUUUGCAACUGCAGGUUUGCAGGAAGAAACGGCUGUUGCUCAGGACGUUGACCUGUCCAUCACUGAAAGUGGCUACAGUAUUUUGGAUGCUUGUGUCUGUUUCUGAAAGGUCCUGUAUUCCUGUAAUAUGAAUAUUGCUUUGUAAGAGAGUUGACCUCUCACUGUAAAUUGUAUCUUCAUUGUACAUUAUCAGGAUGUUUCAAAUUGAGUCUUGUGUGUAGUCAAGCUGCACACUUAAAUUAAAGGAAUGUGGGUUUAAAAAAAAAA